UAAACAAUAGACAACACAAGCUAGUUAAAAAAAACCGUACCGAUACUCGAUAGAAGCACGCACACACACAUCUGUAAGCCAUUUCCAUGUUGGUUUUCGCGGUAUGGUGUGCAUGCAGAGCGUCGUUGUAUUUAAUUUCCCUACACCGAUUAUUGUUGGGUGAAGCUAUUACAGACCUGCUCUAAAGUGGUGAUAUUUUUAAAGUUAUUGAUUGUCCUUUGAAUAGUCUUUAGGAAGUGAACAAUGAACCGCUAUUAUUAUUUAUUCCUGCAAUGAUAAUGGCGCGCGUGAGAUAGGGUGCAAUUGCUUCUUUCUCGAACAUAGUGGGACUUUGUACGAAUGUCAAUUCGUCGUUGCAACAUUUAAUUAAUGUUUUUGUAUUGGAUUAGUUUUUCUUACUUAAAUCUGUAUUCAGAACGGUUACAAAUGCUGUAGUGAUUGUGUAAAAAAGAAAACCAAGUUCCGUUUUCAAUUGAUGUACCAAAGAGACUGUAUAGCACAAGGAGUUGCUUAGCUCAAAUUACCCUUGCUGAGGUCAUUUAUAAGGCAGUAAACGAUGUCUUCAACCGUAGGGUGAUUUUGAUUAUCUGAGUCCAUAGAUGAGCCAAAAGCGUUACUUUUACUAAUUAUAGUGUGUAUUAAAUUGUUAGAAAAUGAUAAAUGUUGUCAAAAUUCAUAUUUCGAUUUUUGUCUCUCCAAAAUUUCGUUAGACUUCGAGGUUUGUUCUACUUAUAUUAGAAUGGACGAUUCUGAAGACAAUUCAAGUGCUGGUGAUACUAAAAUGCGGCACACUCCAUCAUCCGGUAAGUCUAAACAAAAGAAGAGGUCUCUUGUUGAACGGGAACUGGAAACAAACUUGACAGCUCAUGUCACUUCUCCUGUGACCAUUGACGAGGUUUGCAACACUAGCCGGUAUGGCAGAGCCCUACGUGUUAAAAAAGAUUCAGAUUUCAUGGAUACUGAGAGAUUUAUGACAAAAUCUGCGAAGUCACCAACUAGAGAAAAAAUACCUGAAACUAUGCAGUCUUCUCCAGUUUACAAAAUGCAUGCAUCAAAUUCACCCAUCAAAGGAGAAAGAGGAAAAACAGAUAUGAUUGUUUCACUUGAAUCCAGUUUGGAUAGUCAAAUCGAAAAUAUAUAUAAUGAAAAUAUGUCUCUCAGUCGUUUCGGUUCUAGUGAGAAAAAAAGACCAUCCACUAGCUUCCCUAAAGUGUAUGUCAGAAAAGAUUUAAUCCAAAAUAGAGAGAAAGAUGAUACUGUUCAUUUAAUAAAGAACAUGUUCUCUCCUGGUAGUGGUAAAAAAUCUACUAAUAGCCAUCUAAAGAAUAUAUUGGAACGGUCUUCUGAAAAGUAUAAUUUAAAGAGUAGUGGAAAGAAAUCUGUAAACUCUAAUGCUUACAUGAAUACAUCUUCUGUUGUGAAGACUCUUGACUUCGAUAAUAAUAAAAAUAAAAGAGUUAGCAUGGAUAAAGUUGUACCCUCAAAGAGUGAUCUAUUUGAUUUGGAAGCUAGGUGUGAAUAUCAAGUCGGAGAUCUGGCUUGGGCAAGAAUGGGAACAUAUCCGUUUUGGCCAUGCAUAGUUACUAGAGAACCAUCAAGUGGAAUGUUUGUUAAAAAGAAAUUGUUUGGCCGCAUUGAACAUGAUAUUAUACACGUGACAUUCUUUGGUGACAAUGGAAGGCGCAGUUGGAUUGUUGACAGCAUGCUGAGAAAAUUCCUCGGGCAGUUAGAGUUUGAGGCCACUAGGGAGCAUUUUGGUUCUUCGGCAAAGAAAAGAGACCCAAAAUUAUAUGCUGCCUUCUUUGUAUCGGAGAAAAAAAUGCCUCAGUGGUCAAUUUCUGUUGAAGAGGCUGAAACUCUACUACGCGAGCCGAAGAGACUAAGGAUUGAAAUUUUUAAUGAUAUGCUUGCUAAAUCACGAAGUAUGAAAGCAAUGAAGCCAAAGAGUGGUAAAAUAUCGCGAACUAGUAGUAACGUAUCGUUGAGCGAAAGUUUAUAUGACACAUUAUUUUCGGAAAAUGGUAACUUUGAAGAUUUGGGUGGUUCUAAAAGUAAGACUAGAAGGUCUUUGGAUGUUUCAGAAGUAGUUACUGCAUGCCUUGACAAUAUGGCAGCCAAAUCAGGUAUAACAAAGAUACAAAAACAAUCUCAUAUGGAUAUAUGGCUUCAAAAAGCUAAAUCUAAAACACCAGAGAAAUCACAAGUCAAACAUCAAGUUCCUCCAAAAGAGAAAGAAAAAUUAAUGAGUUCCAAAAGAAAAAGGUGCGAAGCACCUAAAAAUGUACCUCUGAAAAAGCCUUAUAGCUUAAGAAAAUCUUAUGAAUCUCAAAACUUAACGUGUCAUGAUAGUGAACAUGACUAUAGUGGUCCAAUUAGGAAUAAAUCUGGUGUGAUUCCUGGAAUAACUUUUGGAAUAAUUACGAAAGUCGAAUCCCUUAGGGGUAAAGGAGAUGAUAAAAUAGAUAAUACAGAGGAUAUGGCUGACAAAACUGAUAUUGAAGAGAACAGUGUCAAUUUGUGUGAGUCUCCCACUUACACCCAAGACUAUGACGAUAUCCAUGAAGUUGAACCAAAAACUUCAUAUGAAGUUUUAGAUGAACCUGAAAACGUGCAAGAUGCUUCAGAAAAAUACAAGGAAAACAGUAUUGAAGAAGAUAUUACAAAUGACACAAUAAAUAAUGAUAUAAGUGAUGAUACAACAGAAAUUCAACACAUUUUGAUCACAUCAACUUUCUCAAUUCCUUCUCAUGAUAAAUACAUAGAUAAGUCAAAUAUUUCUCCUAAUGUUAAUCUUGUCGAUAAUAAAAAAAGUAACUCUCCAUCUAGCUUAGACGUUAAUGGAGAUUCACUUGUAGAUAGCCAAAGUAACCACAAUAAUACAGUUAAUGGAAUUAACAAAAUAAAAAAUUUACAAUUAAAACUGAAUAUUGACACGCAGGAUGAAAUGAACAACAUUAAAGAUAACGAUUCUAGUAAUCAUGUAAAUUCAUUAAUGAGCAAUGGCUUUAAAGACACUAGUAUAAAUAUAAGUAUACAAAGUAUUACGACAGAUACAGAUAGCAGUUUUGAUAAUACUUUACAAAACCUGGAGGACAAUGAAAUCACUGUUUGUAGUUCCACUAAACCUCGCGAUAAGCCUCUGCGUAUAUCAAAAAAACGAAGCUUGCGUUUAAAAAAUCGCAGUAAACCUAAAAAUUCUAAGGCUCAAGAAAAUGAUGCUUUUGCUAAAUAUGUAGAAUACCGAAAAGAUACGCUUAUAGAUGAGUAUCCGCAUUUGUCACAUACUGAAAUAAUGGACUACCUUUCCAAAACUUGGCAGUAUGAACAAGGCGACGAAUCAAAAGCAAAUAAACCUAGUUUAAGUAGUAACGCUACCAAAGAAAUAAUCAGUGAGAAAUCGGAAACUACUAAUCCAAACAAUGUUUGUAAAACACCUCGUUCUAAACUUAAUUCUGGAAAACGAGUUUGUGCCGUGAGCUUGACUGAUAUUCUUUUACAAAGUAAUAUAAGUGUCGCUUUUAGAAAUGGAGAGAAGACGUGUAUUUGGCCAAUAAUGGAAAAUUCUAGUGAAUGCAAUGAUGUGGAAGGGAAUAUUAUGAAAGAUAAAAAUAAAGGUAAUGACGAAAUCUCAAAUAAAAUUGUUUCAGAAAUCAAUGAAACGAAUUCUAGUAAAACUGAAGAUAGCAAAAUGCCUAGUGAGGAAUUUGAUCAUCAAAAAACAUUAAAUGACCAUGCAGUUGCAUGCGAUAGCAAACACGAAAGUAAAAUAAAUGAAGAAUCAACAUCAAACGUAGAUUUAGAAAAUAAUUUAGAUGCUGUUAAGAAUUGUGCUGAUAAUGAAAGUAACAUAAAAAAAAUUAUUCCAUAUGGUCCAUCGAAUGCUUCGAAGAACAAUAAUAUUGAUUCUUCACUUAAUACACACACUAUUAUAGAAAUCACUUCUGACAUAACACUCUUAUCAGAUGUAACAAAUGUAAAUGUGAAUAAUUCUCAGUUACCUAACAAUGAAAGUGCUGUACCAGUUUCCCUUCAAGACGAAAACUUUACUGAAAACGUUGAUGUUGAGGAGAGUAUUAGGUCAGAUGAAUCUGAUAAAUUAGUUUCGAAGCCAACCUCUAAUAAAUCAAUUUUGAAACAUGUCAUAAAUGAAUCUCUAGAUGUUUCAUCAAUCAAUGAUACAUUAGAUGUUUCAUCAAUUUGCAAUACAACAGUGAAUGUAAAGCAAUCUUUAAUUAAUACAAAUUCUGAGAAAGAAACUCCGAUUAAGGUAGACGAUACAAAUAAAUUUUUAAAUAAUUGUAUUUUAUCGGACAAUACAAAUGUUGUACAAGUGAGCUCACAAGAUGCUAAUACGGUCGAGAACAAUAUUGAAAAUAUGGAUGUUUCAGAAAGUAACAUAUCAGGAAAUUGCGAACAAUCGGCUUCGAUCUGUAUAAUAAACGAAUCACAUUUUAUAUCAGAUGUUAUUAUGUCAAGCAAUACAGCAGAUCAUGGAACGAAAUCUCCACCUUAUACAAAUUUGAUGGAAGAAAAUCCGAAUGAUGCAAUAAAUAAAGAAAACAUGAAAUCUCAUGUAUCUGGCAAUGAACACGAUAACAGAGAAGACUCUGUUUUAGAGAAUGAACUAAACGUCGCUCAUGUUUGUCUGCAAGAUGCUGAUAAAGUGGCAAACCACAGUGAAAACUAUGUUGUUACGGAAGAUGAUAUAUCCGUUAAAUCAGUUGAAUCAAUUCUAACAGAUGAAACAGAAACUGAUAAAAUUUCAGCAUCUACUGAUAUAAUUGAUAGAAUUUCAGAAUCUGCUGAUAUAAUUGACAGAAUUUCAGAAUCUGCUGAUAUAAUUGUCAAGGAGCCUUCCAUUAUACCACCGAACCCUGAUCUGGAGAUGAAUGAACAUAUUGAAUUAAAAAGGAAUGACGAUGACAAAGUAAUUCCCAUCGUAGAAAAUGUUGCCAAAUUAGCGGAUCAUCAAAAUAGUGAUUUUAAUGAUAUUUCAAUAAAGAGUCCUGAAAACUUCAAAAUGGUUGAUGAUGAGAAGAACAUUACCGGUGUUAAUAAAAUUAAGUCAUUUACCGAAUGCGCACAGGAACAUAUUAAAUUAAAUGGAUUCAAUUCUAAUGAUGAUUGUACACCAGAAGUUAGUGAAGGAGAAUUUAAUGCUGAAACGUCAUCUAUACAUUCGGAAGACAGUGAGCCUCUAUCCACAGUUAAAAGUAAAUUGCAAUUUAAAAAUCGACAUAAAAUAAACGACAUUAACAAUCCGGAAUUUUUAAAAUACAUGGACUUACGACAAGAUGCGCUUAUGGAUGAACAUCCAGAACUAAGUCACGAAGAACUUGUUAAAUACAUGUAUAAAACAUGGUUAUAUGAAGAAAGUACCAAAUCUGAUUUUAUGAAAACUGAUGAUAUCGCACAGUCCGGGUUAGUGAAGGGAUUGGAUGAUAAUUUGAGACAAAAAUCUAUACGAAACAGUUUUCGUGCAAGCAAAAAACGUAAACAUAAAUCUGGCAAUGAAGAUUCAAUAUCUGUUAGUUCUGAUACCAGUGAUGUUUCGAUCAAAAGAAAAUUACGUAAAAGAACUAUUCAGUCCCCUGUUGGUACAAUUGACAAUAGUCAAAGCAGCUUUAGUAAAGACAGUAGCCCAGAGAGGAAAAACUUGGAAGAAAAUGAAGUUGAGUCCAUUAAUUGUGAUUUCAAUAAUGAAUCCUCUAAAGAUCUAAAAGCAAACGUGAUUUGUGAUGAUAAAAUGACAAAUAAACUAUUGUCAGAGAAUAAAUUGGAAAUUCCUAUUGAGCCACAGUUACAAAAGGAAGCAAAGGUUUCGGAAAAACCACCACCUCAAUGUAUUUUAAGCAACAAUGAUUGUAAACCAAAAAAAUAUUUCGACAUUUUCAAUCAAGUUGAAAAGAAACACCAAGUUCCAGAGAUAACUAUUAAUGAUUAUGAUAUUAAUGUCAAAGAAGAAUAUGAUCCAGAAACAGUGUCCAUAGAUUCCGAGGAUAGCGAAGUGUCACUUACAAAACGUAAGCAACGAAAAAAUGGAAAACAGUUAAGCAAAGAUGACCCAGAUUUCUUAAAAUAUGUAGAGCUCAGGCAAGAUGCACUUAUCGAUGAAAAUUCUGAAUUAACUCAUGAUGAAAUUGUUUCAUACUUAUUUAAAACUUGGUUAUACGAAGAGAGCGUGAAGUCCGACAUAAAAAAGUCGGAUGAAAUUGACCAAGCUAGUUUAAUAAAAGGAUUAAAUCCAGAUACACUCCAGCCAAAGAAAGUCCGGAAAAAAACUAAAGCUGAUAAAGAGUUGACUGUUGAUGUGGUGAUUGAUGAUACUAUUCCAAAAGACAAACCGAAACGUAAAUCAUCGCACCCAUUCUAUAUUGAAGAUGAUUUGUCUGACUCGGAAGACAUUGAAGUAUUUGAUAUCUUUAAAUCAAAGAAGAAGCUUCCAAGCGAUGAAGUAAUUGAAGUCGAUGAAGACGUUGUAGAUCAAGUUGAUUUGUAUUUUAAGCAACUAACGAAACCAAAACCUAAUGUUUUCAAAGGAUUAGUGAGAGAAAAAGUCUGUGGAAUUUGUGAGAGGACGAGCAACCUAGUCAAAUGCAAAGGUUGCAGUAGCAUGUUCCAUGUAGAUUGUAUUAAAAAAGAGGAUGAAGUGAAGGUUGAAGCAAGCCCACCUGUAAGAGGCAGAAAGAAAAAGAAAAAACUCGGACGCAAGCCAAAGAAUUUGGACGAAUCUGGAAGUCACAGCGACGAUAAAUCACAAGAUAUCUCUGAAGAGAACAAUGUUUCGAUCGAGGACGUCACAAAACAAGAAUCUUACGUUGUCGAUGCUGAGAAUUUCGAAUCAGUCUUAGAGGUCAAAAUGAAAGAGUUGAUACCUAUGGCUGGAGAUUAUUAUUCAUAUUCCAACUGCGACGGCAUUCAUUGGAAUGGUACAAUCGCUGACAAAUGCAACAUUCUACUGACACCAAAGAUAGAAACGGAUUAUUCAGAUUUCAAAUGCAACAAUUGUCAAAUACACGACAUUCCUGUGUGUUUCGUGUGCAAGUCGGCUGUAUCUAAAACGGGCGUAAAAUAUAGGCAGAGGUGUCAGACUGCACACUGUCAUAAAUAUUAUCAUAUGGAAUGCUUGGACCAUUGGCCUCAGACGCAAUUUCAGGCUGGAGAGCUUUGCAAGACUGGUGGCAAGGUGGAUGGACGUUUCGAAGAGUUUAUGUGUCCAAUACAUGUGUGUCACACUUGUGUAUCUGACGAUCCUCGUGGUUGUAAGACGAGAUUUUGUGGGGACAAAUUGGCUCGGUGCGUCAGAUGCCCGGCCACUUACCAUUCAUUCACCAAGUGCUUGCCUGCUGGAUCGCAAAUUUUGACCGCAUCACACAUCGUCUGUCCAAGACAUUAUGAACAAAGACCUGGAAAAGUGUCGUGUCACGUGAACACAGGAUGGUGCUUCAUAUGUGCACUGGGUGGUUCUUUGAUCUGCUGCGAGUACUGUCCAACUUCGUUCCACGCCGAAUGCCUCAAUAUAAAACCACCGGAAGGUGGAUACAUGUGCGAAGACUGCGAGACUGGCCGCUUGCCUCUUUACGGCGAAAUGGUGUGGGUGAAAUUGGGACAUUAUCGAUGGUGGCCAGGCUUGAUCCUGCAUCCUUCAGAAAUACCGGACAACAUUAUGGCGGUGAAACAUUCCCCUGGCGAGUUCGUGGUACGCUUCUUUGGUCAAUACGAUCAUUAUUGGGUCAAAAGGGGACGCGUGUUCCCCUUCCAAGAAGGUGACUCCGGAAGAAUAUCAAGUCAAAAGUCUAAGAUAGAUGCGGCAUUCACGACGGCUAUGGAGCACGCGCAAAGAGCUUGCGAAAUAAUGAAAGCGGCCGUAAAGAACGAUGUGGAGGACACAGAUAUAGCGUCGUCACUACUGCCGCCUCACUACGUGAAGCUGAAGGUGAACAAGCCAGUCGGGUCGGUGUGCUCGCGGCGCGCGGACGUGCAGGAGAGCUCGCUGACGCAGUGCGACUGCAGCCCCGACGUGGAAGACCCGUGCGGGCCCUACUCGCACUGUCUCAACAGAAUGCUUCUAACCGAAUGCGGUCCGAGUUGCCGUGCGGGCGACCGUUGCAACAAUCGCGCGUUCGAGAAACGCCAGUACCCGCGAGUGGCGCCGUACAGGACGCCUCACCGGGGCUGGGGGCUGAGGACGCUGCAAGACAUCGCGGCCGGUCAGUUCGUGAUAGAAUACGUGGGAGAAUUGAUUGAUGAAGAGGAGUUCAGGAGGAGAAUGAAGCGGAUGCACGAAAUACGCGACGAGAACUUUUACUUCUUGACUCUGGACAAAGAGAGGAUGAUCGACGCUGGCCCUAAAGGGAACCUGGCUAGGUUUAUGAAUCAUUGCUGCGAACCGAACUGUGAGACCCAAAAAUGGACUGUGCUAGGUGACGUCAGAGUGGGGCUCUUCGCUAUAAAGGACAUACCAGCGAUGAGUGAGCUAACAUUCAACUACAACUUGGAAUGCGCCGGCAUUGAAAAGAAACGCUGCCUAUGUGGAGCGAAGCGAUGUUCGGGAUACAUUGGCGCGAAACCGAAGCAGGACGAACAGCCAAAGAAAUCUAAACGCACUUAUAAGAAGCGUAAACCCACCGAAGAAUCGCCGUCCACAAGCAAAAAUAAGCCUAAAAGACCCGUGGGCAGGCCGGCCAAGCCGAGGGAAUUAACAGAAAUAGAAAAAGACUUGUUGAUAAUAAAGAACGCGACCAAUGGAUUAUCCAGCGACUCUGAAUGCAGUGGAAGACUGAGCAGCAUAGAAUCUGAUAGAAACAUCAAAGCCUUAAAGAGAAAGAGAGUCAGUUUUUCUACCGAUGAAUUUACCCCGCCUACCAGUUCCCCUAACAACGCGAAAAGAGUGAAAUUAGACGACGAUAAAGCCAUAGAGGUAGGCGACUGAUUUAUAACUAAACGUAGAUUUUAUUGUUAUAAUACUAAGGUCGAUUUUGAUUCGUUGACGAAUUAAAUUCGGUGCAGUCGUACUGUACAUAUUUUUUAAAGAAGCAUUUUGAUAAACUUGUGAACUGUAGUUUGUGAUGUUUGUCAGUAUGUCUAAAAGUAUAAUGAGGUCCCAUAUGUGAAGAUUUGAUAUUAAAAAAUAAAAAAAAGUUUGUACAUUUUAAUUAUGUUUGAUUUACUAAGGAUUUUUUGAGGAUAAAGUCCAUAUGUUUUAUGGUUAUAUAUAUGGAAUAAUCAAUCGGUCUGAUUUUAUGAUUACUUAAAUUUGAAUCUAUCAUGUCUUAUAUUUUACAGAAUAAUAUCGUUUUUUGUUUUAUAGAAUCAUAGACAAUCGCACAGUUAAGAUUACCGAUUUACGUAAGUUCCCUUUAAUUUUGUAAAGCAAAAUGCGUAUUACAAAACCACAUAGUCUAUUAUCAAAAAAUCAUUUUCCAAACUUAAUAUUUGUUUCUUAGAUUUUCACGCACAUCACUCAUUAAAUAAAACUAGUUUCGAAACGUCAAUAAAUAAAUAAAGUUUCGUGCAUU